GUCUUGGACGAGUAGCGCCGCUUGGCAGCUCUCAACGACGCUCGGACGAAGGGCAGCACGCACGGACACGCGCGCCACACGUCGUCGUACAGGCGCCUCGCCCAAGCAAACUGCUCCACGGACGACGAGCAGAGUAGCACCAGCAACCAUGCCCCGGAAGCCCGAGGCCACGAUCACCGUCGCCGGGUUGGCCGACGACAGCGCCUACACGAAGGCCUGCAUCGUGGCCCAGGAGCUCGCGGACGCGCUCGGCAACCAUGCCGUCGAGUGCCAAUAUUUUAUGGAACAACAAUGGGACGACUACCUGCGGGUCAAACAGGCGAAAGUUAGGGGACGGUGCAUCUCGCAUAAAACGUCUCCGCUGGUUCUAGUGAAUGAAAGGGGCAGAGACCACUACGUCGGCAGCGAUCGGGACCUGGACAAGCUCUUUCAGGCGGAGCUAGGACGGCCACCUUCUCCAGUGGACAUGGCGGCCGUGGACAAGACGACUUUAGAUCGAUACCUGAAGAUCCUGUCGAAGAGCGGCAACCCGUACGUGUACCUCGAUGUCCAGUUCGCGGCCGACAGAGAAAAUACCAAACCGAGGAAAGUAGUUAUUGAGUUAUUUUCGGAGAUAUGCCCGAAGUCGUGUGCCCAUUUUCGCGCGCUAUGUACGGGACAAUUGGGUUCGGUGGAACACGAGGGCGAGGAGGUCAAAUUCUGUGUGGAAAUCAAUCAGUGCGUCGGGCGCACCCAACAAUUCUUCACUAAGUCAUUUCUCGGCGAUGACGUGGCCGCGCUGGCUCGGUCGAGCGGCGAGGAACCGGCAUCGCCACGCCAUCGAGCAAGCGCCGCGUCGAGGACGACGCGAUGAUUCAGCACGAACGUGCCGAAAAAUUUUGAUUUCCACACAGGUCAAAUUGCACUACCGAGGCUGCCCCUUCCACCGCGUCGUGCCGAACGGCUUCGUCUGCACGGGCGAUGUGGUGUCGGGUAACGGCCUGGGCAACGCCGGCGAACCUUUAGCGGACGAGCACUUCGGGUUUCCCCUCGACGUCCCGGGCACGGUCGGCUUUGCGCGCGGCGACGCGCCGCACACGAACCACCAGCAGUUCUUUAUUACAUUGAGCGACCAGAGCUGGCUCCAGACCAAGGCCGUGGCCUUCGGGCGCGUCGUCAAGGGCCUCGACGCGAUCCGCCAGAUCGGCGCGUUACCUCUCAAAGGCGAGCGGCCCGUCGAGAACGUCAUCAUCGCGAACUGCAACGUCGUGAAUCUGGUCGACGGCUUCGGGCUCGGGCACGGCGGGGGGAUGUAAGUUAGCUUUGCCAAAA